CUCGCCAUGUCCCGCCCCUCCUCCGUCUCCACCACCCACCUCCCAAUCGCCCCCACCAUUCCUCCCGCCCUCCACCAGCUCGCAAACCCUGCCCCCGCCCUCAUCGACGCACAGCUACCAGCCUAUCUCCUGCCCCCCGUCCUCGACCUCCUGCGGCAGUCCUCAACGCACGUGGUCAGGAAGCGACGGGUGCAGGAGGAGGAACUCCGGAGCGAGGGGCUGCUGCCGCCCCGAACGCAGAAUGAGGAUGAAGAGACGGUGAUUGAGGAGGAGCUGGCAAAGCGAAUUGAACGGAUAGGGCUCAUGGCUGGGGGCCUUAUUGCUGAAAAGCUUACGUUGGCAAGACCGCCUCUGGCAAGUCAUUUGGAUAUCAUCAAGUUUGUGUGCAAGGAGCUCUUUCUCUAUGUCUACUCGAAACAGAUCGACAAUCUGCGGACAAACCAUCGAGGGGUAUACGUCUUGCAAUCCCAUUCUUUCCCCCCGCUCGCUGGGCUGUCGAGCUACCGAGGUGCAGCGGCCGACAUGGAGACUGCCAAGACGGUAAGUUGUGGCUUGUCCAGGCAGUUUCAUGCACUGCACUGGAGCUGAUGAAGCGUAGCAUUUGCUCUUCCCACAAGCGCUCUUGCAGGGUGCAUUGACCAGGCUCGGCAUGCAUUCCAUCGUCACUGCCGAAUCCUCUGGCCUCCCUCAAUGUACAUUCCAGAUCAGGACGACAAAGGCGACGGCUACGACGCCUUCUGUUGCAGGGACACCUAAUCCCUCGGCAGGGCUGACAGCUCGAGGUCAUCCGGGGGCGGUGUCGACAGGCGGGCCGGCGAGUGUGGCGAUGAGCACUGGAGGGAGCGCGAGUACCGGGCUGGGCGUUGGUGGGCAUUAGGUGCACUGUUGUCAGAGGUAGAAUGGCUGAUGUAUAUAUGUAUAUCUUGA